AUGACCACCGAUACCAAGCCCAGCAGCGCCCCGCCGCUCGAGUUCAAGAGCGAGCCCCCGACUGCCUCGGACCCUGCCGUGUACGCCCAGUACGAGGCCAAGUGGGCAGUGUACCCUACCGAUGCCGACGGAUGGCUGCAGCGCGCGCGCGACGUCGCAGCUGUGCUCUCCGUUGAUGCCGCUGCCCGCGACCGCGCCAACAAGUCACCCCUCGCCGAGGUCGCACUCCUGAAGCACUCGGGCCUCCUCCGUAUCCUCGGUCCCAAGAAGUACGGUGGCGGCGAGCAGCCUCUUAGCGUCGGAUACCAGGCAAUCCGCGCCGUGGCAACUGGCGAUGGCCCUGAGCAGAUUGAACGCACCCACAAGCUCAUCAUCGAGAACAAUUACUACGUCGGCGGCGCUGUCAACCCUCGCGACAACGACCUGGCUAUUGAAGCCGGCACGGACAAGUUCACCUUCAACGGGUUCAAGCAUUUCACCACCGGUGCCGCUGUGUCUGAUCUACUCGUCCUCGAGGGUGCCAUCAACGGCGCCCCGGAAAAGCACAUCUUUGCCAUCGUUCCUACCAAGCAGGAGGGCAUCAAGUUUGCCUACAACUGGGACAACAUUGGUGUCCGCCUCACAGAGUCUGGCAGCGCGACUGUCACUGACGUCUCGGCACCUUGGAGUGACGCACUCGGCUGGAACCCGUCCACGCGCGAGCCCGACCCGGCCUUCCUCCUCAUCCCCUUUGCUAGCCUGCUGCUCCCAACCAUCCAGCUCGUGUUCAGCAACUUUUACAUUGGCAUUGCCCGCGGUGCACUGGAGGCUGCCCGCAAAUACACGACCACGUCUACUCGCCCGUGGCCCUACACUGGCGGCGACACCAAGGACAAGGCCACGGACGAGCACUAUAUUCUCGCCACGUACGGCAACUUCUUUGCCCACCUGCGCGCGGCCGAGGCGCUUGCCGACCGCGCUGGCGAGGAGACCACCAAGCUGUACGCCAAGCACGCGGACGACCACUCGACCCUCACUGCCCGCGAGCGCGGCGACCUCGCCGAGUGGGUUGCGAGCAUCAAGGUUGUCGCCACCGACACUGCGCUGCGCGUCACGUCGGGCGUGUUCGAGGUCACCGGCGCGCGUGCGACGACUGCCAAGAACGGCUUUGACCGUUUCUGGCGCGACGUCCGCACCCACACUCUUCACGACCCCGUCGCCUACAAGAACCGCGAGCUCGGCCGCUACUUCCUCUUGGACGAGAUCCCGGAGCCCACCUGGUACACUUAA